AUGACGUCGGAAUCAAUUCCAUCGAAUUUUUCACAUAACGCUCAACAUCAAACAAUGCAUGAUCAAUCAAUUGAUAUGUCUUUGAGUUCGUAUUCAAAAACAGAUCGCAGAACGAGUCGUACUUCUUAUACUCCAUAUUCGACUCUAUCCAAGCGAUCCCAUGAUCUUUUUAAUAUACCAUAUGCUUCCAAUGUUUAUGGUGUAUAUCGUCGCCCACCAUCUAAUAUAAAGUCUCCGCCUGCCACAUACAUUAAUCGAAGUAGAUGUACUAAUCAAGGAAGUAAAUCUUAUCAUUCUCAGCCACAUCAAUUAUCUCAUAGCAUUAGUGAUGAUUAUUGUUAUUCUAAAUAUGACGAUCUAAAUGGUCUUAUCAAUACUAUUUAUGGCGACGAGAACAAGAAUGGAAACGAUAGUAAUGAAGAAAAUAAUUCGAAUAUUUUCCAGUACACCUUCGAUAAUACAGGUGAUGCGACCUUAUCUAUGGCAACAUAUGAAAAUAUUGGACUUUUAAAUACACCUAAUAUUAACAAUAACAACAAUAAUAAUAACAAUAAUCUUGAUCCUUCUUUAUCAACGCCUUCAUCUCGUGAAUCAUAUGAUUAUUCAUACAAUCAACAAGUAAAUUCGAAUUCGUCGAGUAUGCUAAAAGAUCAAUCACAAAAUGUCACAACGAUAAAACGUGAUUUAAUGCCACCAGAAAGCAAAACUAAUUAUUUAACGCCAACUGAUAUGGAUUCUACUCCCAAGUUAAAUGAAACAACCAAACGCGUAAAUAAUACAAAUGGAAAAUUUUCUAUACAAAAAAUGAUACGUCAAGGUUUUUCAUCAUGGCGUACGAGAAAGAAAUCGCCAUCAGUAUCAUCACCUACACCAUCUGCUUUAUCAGCAAAUAUUUCAAUACCAUCUUCACCUCCAGCAUCUAGUGGCCGUUAUGUAAUAACUGAUAUUGAUCUAUCACAAGUUAAACCAUCAGUAACCAAUAUGCGUUCAUUAUCAACUGAUUUAACUGCAAAUCAAACUCCUCCACAACGAAUUAUCGUAACAGAACAAAUUCCUGCUUCGUCAAUUCGAUCAAAUAGUGUCGAUAGUGCAACUGUAAAUUUUGACGGACCAACAAGAAAUGUUCGUGGUUAUAUUCAAUCACCCUGGGCAAAGUCUGCAGCGUUAACUAAUAAUAUUCAAGAAUCGACGUCACGGCAAGAAUCUGCCUCGUCAAGUCGAAUCUUACCGAUGCAAACAACUGAUAAUACAAAAUUUGUUGCAUCUGGCUAUGUGUCAUCAAUGCUAGAAACAACCAAUAGUACAAUGCCGUCAGCAAUGUCAUCAUCAAAUUCAUCUAAAAUUCCACCUCCUGUUGCUCCUAAACCUGAUAUUAAUCGUGUUACACCGAUACGUUCCAAUUAUUUCAACAAUAAUCUUUCAUCGGCAUCAAACGUGAAUACAACUUCAUUCACUCCUGGAAUAUCUAAUACACCUGAACAACGGCAUAUUGCAUUCUCCGAUAAACCUAUAUCGAAUCAAUUUGCUCCUAUCAGUGAUUCAACAAAUGACACCAAUAUUAUGUAUGCUAAUUUUAGUGCUUCAGCUACAUUAUUAAAAGAUAGAUUUCAAGCACAGAAUUCACCUGUGAAUACUCGAAAUUCUUCAUCUCCAACUACUAUACCAAACAGUAUCAAUGAAAAACAAAUUUCGACUACAACAACUAGUAAUGUUUCUUCAUCACCAUCGACGAAUUCUUCAUCUACAGCAAUAAUUCAAACAGCAAAACAAAUUACUGUGCAAGAUAUAGAUACAACAAAAUAUGAAGAAAUUCCACCUAAAGAACCAGAUCUAUCACGACAACCUGAAAAAAGUGCACUAAAGAAACCCAAUGGUCUUAAACGUCGUGUUAUACCAGUUUUUCGAGAAAAUCAACGACCAUCACCACGGCCAAGUCCUAAAUUUCACUCUGCUGCUCUUAUGUCGUCGUCAGCAAAAUCUGUAAAUAAUGAACACAAUCGACAUUUUGACGAUGAUUCUUCAUCUGAUGAAGAAAAUCAUGAGCCAAAAAAACGUUUUGCUAAUGUACAACGGAAUGAUUCAUUAGCACGUUUUCUUAAAGAUCGUCCGUUACCAGGUGAACUAUUCGAUAAACAUAUUCUUGUUAAACCAGUGGAUGAACGCAAAAAUGAACGUGAAACUAUCGAAACAAAACUAGAACGUAAAUUAUCAUUACGACCAAGACCAGAAGAACUUGAAGCAAGAAAUAUUUUACGUGCUAAAACACAAGAUGAAUUGAUUGCAGAAAAAGAAGAGAAAAAACGGUUUUUAAUACGUAAACUCAGCUUUCGACCAAGUAUUCAAGAACUUCGUGACCGAAAAAUUAUUCGAUUCUGUGAUUAUAUUGAAGUAUCCGAAUGUGAUGAUGUUGAUCGACGUGCCGAUAAGCCGUGGACACGUUUAACACAACGAGACAAACAACUGAUACGACGAGAACUGAAUGAAUAUAAGAGUUCUGAAAUGGAAAUUCAUCCAGAAAGUGCAAAAUACACACGUUUUCAUCCACCUUAACAAUUAAUUAUGCCUCCGCCAGCUCAAUCACCCGGUCAGCAACUACCGUCAAGAGAAAGUGGUUUAUUUAAAAAAUUGGUGCGUUUUUAUGAACAAAAACAAUAUAAAAAAGGUUUAACAUCUGCUCGAGAAAUUUUAAAAAAGUUUCCAAAUCAUGGUGAAACAUUGUCUAUGAAAGGUUUAAUUCUUAAUUCUAUGGGUAGAAAAGAAGAAGCGUUAGAAAAUAUUCGUAGUGGUAUUAAAAAUAAUAUGUCAAGUCAUGUUGUUUGGCAUGUUUAUGGCCUAUUUCAAAGAUCUGAACGGAAAUAUGAUGAAGCAAUUAAAGCAUAUAAAAAAGCAUUACAAUGUGAAAAGGAUAGUUUAACAAUUCUGCGGGAUUUAUCAUUAUUACAAAUUCAAAUGCGUGAUAUGGACGGUUAUAAAGAAACACGUCAUCAAUUGUUUAAUUUAAAACCUGGCCAACGUCAAUCAUGGGUUGGUUUUGCUAUGUCAUAUCAUUUGUUAGGUGAUUUUGAUAUGGCACAAAGCGUAUUAGAAGAAUUUCGUAAAACGCAACAAGAUCGUCCAGCACCAGCACCCGAUAAACCAUAUGAUAAUGAACAUUCGGAAUUUUUAUUAUAUCAAAAUCUUGUUUUACGUGAAUCUGGACAAUAUGAUGAUGCAUUACGUCAUAUACAAGUGCAUGAAAAAGAUAUUUAUAAUAAAUUAGAGUUAGCGGAAAUAAAAUAUGAUCUAUAUAUGCGUUUAUCAUCACUUGAUCGUGCUGAAACUAUUCUAAGAGAUUUAAUCGAUCGAAAUCCUGAAAAUAAAAAAUAUUAUUUUAUGUUAGAAAAAUGUUUAAAUUUAACAAAUAAUGAAGAAAAAUCAAAUUUAUAUGAAAAUCUUAUUGAAAAAUAUCCUAGAGCUGAUGCACCAAAACAAAUAUGUUUACAAUUUCAAACCGGUGAAGCAUUUUCAAAGUCUAUCGGAUUAUAUUUACAAAAAGGAUUUCAAAAAGGUGUACCAUCACUAUUUCAAUCCGUUAAAUUUCUCUAUGCAACAUCAGAAAAAAUUCAAUUAAUCGAUUCACUUUUGAAUACUUAUCUUAAUAAUUUAAAUCAAUAUGGAACAUUCGAUGUAUCAUUAGAUAAUGAGCCCGUUGAACCUGCGUCAACUCUUCUUUGGCUUCAAUAUUAUCUUUCGCAACAUUAUGAUCAUUUAGGUAAAUUAGAUAAAGCAUUUGAAUUCAUCAAUCAAGCUAUUCGUGAUACGCCAACACUUGUGGAGCUUUACAUGUUCAAAGCAAAACUUUUCAAGCAUGCAGGCGAUUUUCAAACGGCAGCUUCAUGGAUGGAUGAAGCUCAAUCACUUGACACAGCCGAUAGAUUUGUUAAUUGUAAAUGUACGAAAUAUUUCUUACUUGCUAAUCAAAUCAAUGUUGCUAUUGACAUGGCUGGAAAAUUUACACGAGAAAAUUCAUCGACAUUGGAGUAUUUACGUGAAAUGCAAUGUAUGUGGUUUGAAUUAGAAACAGCAAGAGCCUAUAGACGUUUAAAGAAAUAUGGUGAAUCAUUGAAAAAAUGUCAUGAGAUUGAUCGACAUUUUCAAGAAUUUGUUGAAGAUCAAUUUGAUUUUCAUUCAUAUUGUCUACGUAAAAUGGUGUUAUGCGCUUAUGUUGACAUGCUCAAUCUUGAAGAUCAUAUGAAAGGUCAUCGAUUUUUUCGUCGUGCAGCUGAAAUUGCUGUUGAAAUUUAUAUUCGUCUAUAUGAUCAUCCACUUUCCGAACAAGACAACGACAAAGAUGAAAAUAUUGCUAACAUGUCGGCAGCUGAAGCAAAAAAAUUAAAAAGUAAACUACGCAAACAACAAUUACGUGAACAACAAGAAAAACAAAAACAAAUCGAUGCUGAACGAAAGAAAAAAGAAUUUCAACGUAGUCGAAAUAAGGAUGAUGGCGAAGAAGAAAAAGUCAAAGAAGAUGAAAUUAAUGCUGAAAAAUUAGAACGUUGUGAAAAACCGUUAGAAGAAGCAAUGCGAUUUUUACAACCGCUUGAAGACUUUUCGUCGAAUUUUCUCGAAACUCAUUAUUUAGGUUUUGAAGUUUAUUAUCGACGUAAAAAAUAUUUAUUAAUGUUACGUUGUUUGAAACGAAUGAAAAAGUUAGAUUCCAAUAAUCCAAAAGUUCAUUUAUGUCUAAUGAAAUUUCUUAAAUUAAUCACAGAUGAGCCAAUAAGUGAUGAACGAGUUCGAACAUUAAUUGACGAAGAAUUACAAACUUUUGAUAUUAAACAAGGAAAUUCAAUAAAAAAAGUUGAAGAUAUCAAUAAUGAAUUUAUUAAGAAUAACUUCAAUUCAUUAACGCAUCGUGCUGAAGCCGCAAAAAUAAUGUUUUUGAUUAAUCCAUCGAAUAAUCUCAAAAUUAUGGAAUUUCUUACAACAUUAGAUACAAAUUUCACGAACCAAAAUUUAAAAACUUGCACAACCAUAUAUGAAAGUAUGCAACAGGGUGACUAUGGUCUUGUUGAGAAUUCAACACUUGAAAAAUAUCGUAAUGAAUGCCAUCGCCUUUGGCCUCAAGCAAAUAUAUUUCAAGCAAAUCCGCCGUUAACUGCUGAUCAAUCUCAAUCACUACCGUCUCCUUAUUCUUCACAUGAUACUCAAGCAAACAGUGGUAAUAGUGGAGCAGCAUAA